UUCACGGCGCAGGAUGGAUCAGCGAUGCGACCGUAGACGAUAGAUCGCCAAUGAAGUUUGUCAAGUACUGACGUGAAUGGGAUAUGUAAUUCAUUCCUAAUUUGGAGUGACAUUGGUUAUGGGAAAAAGGUGACCAUUGAUGAGUAAUAUGUGAAAUACACAAGAGCGUUGCCUGGGCAACCAGACCCCGGCGUGCCCACGACAGACGUGUGUGUGAGGCUUCAAUGGUGGACUGGUAUGGCAGAGGGAAGGUCAAGGAAUAACAGCCUGGCCGGGAAGGGGCAUCUGCACCCUUCACUGUGGUCUCAAACCAUGAAUAUUGUAGGCCAGCUGGCAGAGACCGUCUUUGUGACGGUGAAGGAGCUGUAUCGCGGCCUUAACCCCGCCACUCUCACUGGAGGGAUUGACGUGAUUGUGGUGCGUCAGCCCGAUGGCUCCUUCCAGUGUUCCCCCUUUCAUGUCCGCUUUGGAAAGCUGGGCGUGCUGCGCUCCAAGGAGAAAGUUGUGGACAUCGAGAUAAAUGGAGAAUCGGUGGACUUGCACAUGAAACUAGGGGACAACGGCGAAGCUUUUUUUGUUGAAGAAAAUGAAAACACAGAGUUCCAAGUCCCGGCCCAUCUCUGCACCUCCCCGAUCUCUUUUGCCACCCCUGAGGGCAUGGACGAGAAUCCUGAAGGAUCCUCCACCACCCGCAAGAAGAAACGCCGCCGUAAACGCAUGCGCUCCGAUAGUCACCGAAAAGAAGAAGCCAGCUCAUCUUCAGAGGAGCGAGAGAAAGACAAAGAGUGGGAGAGUGAUCAGACCUCCAGGCAGGAGAGUCCGGCUAAAGAUGAGCAUGUCACACCUUUGCAAGUCAGUAAGUCUGUGUACUACUCGCUGUCAGAGGAGCCAAAUGAACAGGAGCUGGGGCCCAGAGAUGCCCAUCCACACUCAGACGGGGACCAGUCGCCUGUAGAAAAUGUGUUUGACAGUCGGCCAUCUUCUCCUAAGAGUGACUCUGAGCUUGUGGUUAAAAGCCAAGAUUCCCCUGGGCUGCCCAUGCAGUGGAACUGGGGAGGCUUUCCCAUGCCACGGCAUUCUGAGAGGACAUCAGUGGAGAUAGAGCACUCCAGCUCUUCACAUUUUCGUACAAUCGAGAGACAAGACUCCUUUGACUUGGGCAAUGAGCCUGUGAUCAGCUGUAGCAAAGUGGACCGGGUCACUGUGGUCAGACCACAACCCAGGACUCAGUCUCUAGAUUUGAGCUUGAGCUACUCCACGCUGACCUUUGAUGCACCUUUUAACUUUACCAGUUCCAGACUUGGUGAACUUUCAGAGUCUUGUACGUCGACAGAAAGGGGGGUCUCUGUGUCUCAUGCUCAGGAAGACGCUACAGCCAUUACUGAGCAUGUUAGCAGUGUGUGUGAAGCAGCUGUUCCUGGUGACAUAACUAACAGUGACAGUCAGACAACUGCAGAAAGUGAAGAUGCUGUAAUCCAAACUAUUGAUGCAGACAGCAGAGGCGUGGAUUGUGCACAAGCAUCUAAUCUGGCACCCGUAAGUGAGCAAGGUAGCGCUCCUGCCAGUGAUGGAGACAGUGGGAUAGAUCCCUGUGCCGAGGGAGGCGAGGAGGACAGCAGAGCCGGUGUUGCUGAAGCUAAAGACAACGGGGCCGUGCACGCUGAGGAGUUAACAAACUGCUCGGAGACAUCCACCAAACACGAGCAACCAGACACAAAGAAGAACAGGCGUAAUCACCAUCUGGGACCUACGGAUAUUUACUUGGAUGAUCUGACCUCACUGGAUCCCGAGGUUGCAGCGCUCUACUUCCCAAAGAGCAGUGAAACGGAGGCUUCAUCUGCUCACGUAGCUGAUCAAGGCUCCUGCUCGGGAAGCCAGUCCCCCCAAUCUGUGGGCGCCAUAGACAGCGGGACUGAAUACCACUCGGAUUCUGCCUCCCACGCCUCAGAGGUCAGCAUGUCCCUCUGUGGACAAGUGGGUGACACCAGCCAAAUCACAAAAGAGAAGUUUCUGGAGCAUUCUGUGUCAUACCUGGACUUUGCCAACAAUCCGGGCAUCAUUGAGGACCCAAGCCUUGUCAUUUGUAUCAACUCCAACUACUAUAAUUGGGCAGUGGCAGCUCCAAUGGUCUUGUCCAUGACGGCUUUCCAAAAGAACCUACCCAAGAGUACAGUAGAGAGGCUGGUAAAGGACAAAAUGCCCAAAAAGUCAGGACGCUGGUGGUUCUCCUGGAGGAGGCGUGACUUGCACACCAAUAAGGUUGACCAGCGCUCAGAGGAAGGCCAGGAGAUCAACGUUGAAGAUAUGAACACUGUCAAAGCCACACAGGACGAUGCGGACAGCGACGAGGUGACAGGGAUUGGCCAAAAACCUUUCCUUCCAUCCAGCUUGUCAACAGAAACCCUUCGCACUGCUCAGUGCAUCACCCAGAUGUACCGCAAGUCUCUCCGUCUGACCUCCAAACAGAUUGAGAACUUGAAUCUGCGUGACGGACCCAACAAGGUGGUUUUCAGUGUGACCACUCAGUACCAGGGCACCUGUCGCUGUGAGGCCACCAUCUAUUUGUGGAACUGGGGUGAUCGCAUCGUCAUAUCAGACAUCGAUGGCACCAUCACAAAGUCUGAUGCUCUCGGUCACAUCCUGCCUCAGUUUGGCAAAGACUGGACACACAAAGGCAUUGCCAAACUCUACCACAAAAUUCACCAAAAUGGUUACAAGUUCCUGUAUUGUUCAGCUCGUGCCAUAGGAAUGGCCGCCAUCACUAAGGAUUACCUCGAAUGGGUCAACGACAAAGGCACUGUUCUUCCUAAAGGCCCGGUACUACUAGCACCGAGCAGUCUUUUUUCAGCACUACACAGGGAGGUGAUUGAGAAGAAGCCAGAGGUGUUUAAAAUUGCAUGUCUCAGUGACAUCAGGGACCUCUUCAACCCCAAGAGACAACCCUUCUAUGCAGCCUUUGGUAACAGGACCAACGAUGCUUUCGCCUACACGCAGGUCGGCGUGUCUGACACCAAGAUAUUUACUGUCAAUCCAAAAGGAGAGAUGAUCCAAGAGAAAACCAAAGCAAACAAGUCCUCGUAUUGCCACCUCGGUGAGUUGGUGGAUCAUUUCUUCCCAGAGCUUGGCGGGAGCGGGCCUUCUGCUCUGGUCUGCCCUGAGUUCAGCAGUUUCUCCUACUGGAAGGAGCCGUUGGCAAAACUGGACCUUGACACACUACUGUAGUCACACCCUCCUUCUUUACCCUGUGCCAAAACGCAAUACCAUCGUCUGCCUUAAGGUUUUUCCCAGCAUGCCUCAUCAUGCCUUUAAAUGACGUUAGCAACUGUGGCUGGCCAAUGUUCAAACACAACAAAUGCUACAAUCAAUCCAAUGUUAAUGACAAUUUAUCAAGUCAUUACUUUUAUUUUUGUAUGUAGCACUGAUUGAAUUGAAUUCAAUUGAAUUGUUUUUUUUGCCUGGCAACACAUAGCUCAAAGUGUGGACCAAAAAUAUAUACCGAAUAAGUUAGUUAGCUGGCUGAAUGCUGGAAGUUCCAAAUCUGUAACCACUAUUGAGUGUUUUAUGUGAUGGGACCACUUUCCCGUAGCCGUCAUGUGACCACGUCUUGUUGUGUGUGUGCGUGUGUGUGUGUGUGCGUGUGUGUGCAUGCAUGUGCGUAUUUGGGAGGCUUUUAAAGAUGCAUUUUGUCUUGGCAUUUACUAUUGUACUCCAUUUGAGUUAUUUAAUGUGAUUUCCUUGAUGUCCUGGUAGUAAAGGGCUUGGGUAUGAGAAUUGCUGUACAAUCAUGCUGGUAUACUUUUGAGAGUAUAUACAAAAGGACUGAUAACAAGCUACAAACACACUCCACUGAUCACUAUUGAGCUACUAAACGGCACAUUUCAUGUCUUCCUCUAGGUACUGCACUACCAUCUUUAGAAAUAUUUGUACACUGUGAAUGAGGACAUGGUUAUAUCGUGAUUUGUCAACCUACACAAUGAUCUCAAUAACCAGCAAUGUUAUUUUUUUUAUUCUUUAAUGACACUGUAAUAUUUAUUUACUAAAUUGGCAUGCUACAACGAUACAUUGACUACACUGCAGGUGGAAACUUGGCUCUGCAUGCAAAAUGGAUGCAUCUAAAAUAAAAUUAUUUUAACCCCAUGGGGUCCCUAAUGACUUUUCUGUCUUUGUAGGUACAUUUGAUUUAAUGUGACUAUUUUGCUUAGAAAAGGCUAUUUUCCAUGUAAUCAGUGGUGGGGGCUUUCUGUGAAAGAUCCGGCCCAACUAUACAUAACAAUAGUAACAUUUAUUUUGAUACUUUAUUUAUUUUGCAGAGCCAUUUUUCAAAAUGUCCCACCUAUAAUUCAUAAAUUAAUAAAUAUAAAUUGAUAAGUUUU